GAGAAGGAGGGAGGACCCCCCAGUGUCGACAUGCUGCUGGAGGAAGUCCGCGCCGGUGACCGGCUGAGUGGCGCCGCGGCCCGGGGCGACGUGCAGGAGGUGCGCCGCCUUCUGCACCGCGAGCUGGUGCACCCCGACGCCCUGAACCGCUUCGGCAAGACGGCGCUGCAGGUCAUGAUGUUUGGAAGCCCCACCAUCGCCUUGGAACUUCUGAAGCAAGGUGCCAGCCCCAAUGUCCAGGACGACUCUGGUACCAGUCCCAUCCAUGACGCAGCCCGCACCGGGUUCCUGGACACCCUGAAGGUCCUUGUGGAGCAUGGUGCGGAUGUCAACGCUCCUGAUGGCACAGGAGCGCUGCCCAUCCAUCUGGCGGUGCGGGAGGGCCACAGCGCUGUGGUCAGCUUCCUGGCUUCUGAGUCUGACCUCCAUCACAGGGACGCCAGCGGGCUCACACCCCUGGAGCUGGCGAGGCAGAGAGGGGCUCAGGACCUCUUGGACAUCCUGCAGGGGCACACAGUAAUCCCGCUGUGACCCAGGGCCACCCUUUCGAUCAAGAGUGGGUUCUAUAUCAGAAGAGGAGGAAAGAAACACUUUCUCUUCUCCUCCUCUCAUUGCAGAAGGGAGGAGGAGGAGCUGUUUGUGGCUUAUUGGUGUUGAUUUCUGGGGUGCGUGUGUUUGGGGGACGUUUCUCGUUUGUUUUUCUCACUCCUUUCGGUGUGUUGGACAGAGAAGGGCUCCUACAGGCUACAGCUGCCUAAACGGUUCAGUUUCUCCUGCACCCCAGGCUGUUGGGGCGUCAGAUUAGACUCAAGGGCAGAGCGUUUAAAGCCCCAGUCCCAGAGUGAGGUCAUCACCUCCAGGGCUCCUGGAACCUGGUGACCUUGGUCGGCUGUGGAGAUAGGGAGCCCUGAAGUGUGUGCCCUGCUUCGGGCAUGGGGGGAGGGGGAAGUGUUUCAAAUCAAUAAAAGAGUAGCAUGAGUUCAUUCAUAUUUUGUUGGAAGAUCUUUCCAGUCUCUUGUACAGCGUUUAAAAAAAAGAGAUUCUAUUUAUUAAGCUUUAUGGAAAAAAUUGUUGUGUGUGAUAAUUUAAUGUUUUUACCCAUUAAAUUAAGACUUA